UUUACACAGUAACCCACCUUUGUGGCCGUGGUAUACAUCAAAACGGGGGGUUGAACACGUCCUCUUGAAAAGAAAAGACCGCUAACGGGGACUUAUUCCGGUGUGGCUCGCGACGCGUUUGCGGAGCACUAAAUUGGAAGCUGCGUUUUUGUCUUAUUCAACGUGCUCGAAAGGGGAAAGACGUUAAGUGUCCCAAACCGAAGACGAAGUUAGGGUUGGAAAUGGACAGCGUCAAUGGGUCCGCUCGGUAUCUCCAACGGGAGCCGCCGGUGGGGUGAGGAUCAUCGCUCACAUUUAGCCCAGUUGGACAGAAACCGGUCUGCUCCGAGCAGAUGUGAUCAAAAGAAGGGACACGAUUGACUGUGUCGCGAGCUGUCAGUGUUAUUUAAAUUGUCCAUGCAAUACUAUCACACAGACGAGCAUUGCUUUGACGGAAAAAAAGGAACACUUUUAUUUAUAAUCCCCCCCCCCUCCACGGCGGGUGACAUAACCCAUCCACCAUGGACCUGCUGGAGUGUCCGCUCUGUCUCUUCCUGAUGUGCGAGCCGGUGACCACGUCGUGCGGCCACACGUUUUGCCGGAGAUGCGCGGGGGGCUACCUGCCGUCCAAGUGCCCGUCGUGCACAGAGAGUCUACAAAAAAGGGAGGAAAAGAGCAUGAAGAACAACGUCCUGCUCAUCAGCGUCGUGGAGAAGUGCUGCCCCGACGAGACGAAGGCGAAGUGCCACUUACAGGAGAAGCUCAAAGCCAGCGAGUUCGCCGAAGCUUUACGCAUCGCGAACGAGGGGCUGUACUUGGUCCCGAAUGAUCAAAGUUUGAAGCUGUGUCGAGCCGAAGCUAACUGGGGCCUGACGCGUUUCUCUGACGCUCUGACAGACCUCGACUAUCUCUGCUGCCUUCGGCCUAACUGGACCGAGGGCUUCUUUCGUAAAGGGAGUGCGCUGCUGGAAAUGGGUCAUCAGACAGAGGCCCUCAUCCAGUUCCACCGCUGCCUCAAACUUCAAGCUGACUUUGUCCCUGCAAAGAGCCAGAUCCAGAAGAUUCUGGAGGCGGAGGGCAUGGAAGUGCCGGACGAGGUGUCCUCCAUCUUGCAAGUGGUGUCUGAGUACUUGAAAGGGACCGGCCCCAUUACCAGCCUCAGUGGCUCUCAGGGGCCAACUCACCCCGAGGGCCUCCAACACCCACGUGGGGAUGACGGAGAGGGAAGAGAGGGGCGAGAAGCACACCAGCACGACACGGGGACCGAGUGCUGCCUCAACCUCUGCCAAGAUGUUUCCUUCCUCCCCGCUGCCGAGGAGGACGAGGAGAUGAUGAUGAGGAGGGACGAUGGGCAUGGCGGGGGUGAAAGCGGUCUCAGCAGAGAGAAGACUCUGGGAGUCCUCACCGUGUCAGACUUUGAGUGCCCUCUCUGCAUCAGGUUGUUUUUUGAGCCAGUCACGACGCCCUGUGGUCACACCUUCUGUAAAAACUGCAUCGAGAGGAGUCUGGACCACAACCUCCGCUGUCCCCUCUGCAAACAGCCACUACAAGAGUACUUUAAAAAUAGGAAGUACAACCCCACAGUUCUGCUCCAGGACAUCAUGACCCGCCUUUUCCCCUCACCGUUGGCUGAGAGGAAACAGGUCCAUGAUGCUGAGAUGGCUGAACUGUCCAAUCUAACUACGGACAUCCCUAUAUUUGUUUGCACGGUGGCCUACCCUGGAGUGCCGUGCCCCCUGCACAUCUUCGAGCCUCGCUAUCGGCUGAUGAUGCGCCGCUGCAUGGACACGGGCACCAAAAAGUUUGGCAUGUGCUGCUAUGAGCAUGGCAAGGGGUUUGCAGACUACGGGUGCCUGUUGGAAAUCCACAGUCUGGAGCUGCUGCCCGAUGGCCGGUCCUUUGUGGACGCAGCGGGUUGCAGCAGAUUCAAAGUGCUCAAGAGAGGUCAGCGAGAUGGCUACCACACCGCUGAUAUCGAGUACCUGGAGGACCUCAAGGUCAGAGAUCACCAAACUACGGCAACAUUUCGAGGAAGAUAUCCCAACCUGGACCUCCUCCCUCUCCUGACUUUGUUUUUGCUCGUCUGUGCAUCCUCCCUCCUCCAGGUUGAUGGUAGUGAGUUGGAGGUGUUGGAGCAUCUCCAUGACAGCGUGUACCAGCAGGCCCAGGACUGGUACCAGCACCUUGGCAUCCGCAUUCGCGAUCAGAUCAACAGACAGUACGGCACCAUGCCAGACAAGGAGGAAAACAUUCAGGCCUCGUCCAACGGUCCGGCCUGGUGCUGGUGGCUGCUGUCUGUCCUCCAGCUGGACCCUGCCUAUCAAACCACUGUCCUGUCCCUGGCCUCGCUCAAAGACCGCUUGGGACACCUCCGCCUCAUCCUGGAGUACUUCUCUCAGAGCUAGACUCCACACUCAGCUCAGUGGUAUUGUGACAACAUCCGGCUGAGAGUCAGUGGACACCAAUGAAUGCAUCCCCACCAGAGUUUGGGAUUGGGUCUACUCUGAAUCUUAAGUCACAGCCCGAAGCCCAAUCACCUGGUUAAUACACCCUUUUACAGUUUGUAAAGAAUGAUGAUGUUCGUCGGCAAGCGCACGCAGUCUGGCGACGAAAGCGCUGCCAUUUUUUGAGUCAACACAUUUAAUUGCUCGCAGCCAUUAAGGUCGUCAGUGUUACGGUUUAAUGAGUGACCAAGGUAACUGGUGACUCUCAGCCGAAUGCGUCCGUGGUUGCUCGUUGCUUGAUAAUACAAACGGAACAUGUGGAUGCUGUUUGUCAUCAACUGGUGGGAAAAGUGUGAAGUGACACGAUGAGGAGGCGUGGUCAGCUUUGAAUGACGUAAUCACCGUAUGCACGUGUGUCGGCUGUAAAUAAUGAGUGGUUUGUCUCUUGUCGUCUACGACUAUGUUUUUUUAAAAUUUCACACGGCGUGGUGUUUAACAUCUCCUGUGCAGAGAUGGCUGUAAAAUAAUCUAGUGAGGGGUCAGACUACGGUGUGUCGCUUGCGUCCCCCCCCACCCUGUCCGUCCGGCCCCUCUCCCCCCAGUCAUGGUGCCUUUUGGAGGGCCUGGGCCAACUCACCAGGACACCUGCAAGUCUUAGACUUUCUACACUACACACUUUUCUUUCGUUUGCCGUUGAUAUUGUGCUACAUAUUCCAAAAGAAUGUCGAAGCUGCAAUGUUGGGUAGAGAACCGGUUUAACUGGGUGAACCAUUUUACUUUAUUAAACGUGCCGUCGAUAUUUUCUAUGUAGUGUGUUUUCAAGGAAUAGUAUAGGCUAAAUAGUCACUGUGUUUAUGUUUGUCUACAUGGACUCUGGUGUUGGUCUUCAAACCCCUCAUGCCUUCUGUAUGGUGGACAUUUGAACGGCCAACACAUCACGUGACACGGUCAGAGUUAGUCCAGCAAACGUGCCAACAGAUGCAGUUUGUGUGAUGCAGAACAGCAGCCUUGCUCGUGUGAUAUUGUAGAUAUCGUUUAGAAUAAAAGGGGUGAUCUUGAGACUUGAUACGCACUAAAAUAAAUGACCCAAUGGAUGGGCUGAUGGAUACUGGGGCAUCGGUUGUGUAAUAGACACUGAACACCGACCUGAGAACUUACACUCAACUUGAGGGCAAAUAACCCACCUUUUUUUUUUGUUUCUUUCACCAUCUUUUAGGAUGGGUUAAUCAACCUUAGUUAAUAUGCUGAUGUUUUUGAAGCCAUCUGUGAUUAAAAUUGGCGUCAAAGACUUUCACGUGCCAGUUAUCACAACAUGUCUCCAAAGCUUUAGUAUCAUUGAUUUCACUGAGAGAGAGAAAAAAAACCACGCAUCAAUAAAAGAUCAGUUUCUUGCUGCUACAUGACAUGAUUAAAUAAAGCUCGCUCACGAAUAAAAAGGGAUCGAGAUUCUUAUAGAAUUUUCCUGAACGACCAGCCUCGUUUGUGAUAAACGCAUGACAAGCCCACAGCCAUUGGGGUGAAUUCCACUCCCCUGUUGGGCCUCUUAUCGGAGAGGGAGAUAUUUUUGCACAGUGAAAUCAUUUUGUGUGUUUUGUUGAUCUCUCUCUUUAUCAAAUCAUGCAUAUUUGUGUGUGAUGUCGCUUUUCAUUGAAGACCCAGCGAUCGGUCUCAUGUUGGUUUUUACUCUGUUGACACUGUUUGAAACUGAAUUUAAUCUCUGCACCAAUGUGCGAUUUUACUUCAUGAUAAAAUGCAAAAUACAUUUGAACAACAAAUGAUUGUAGCCCACAUGUUUUUGAUCCAGCUAUUGGCACAUUUGAUGUCUAAUUUGCCACGCAAACCUUUGAAAACCAAUGUGUCUCAGCACAGUCGUGACUUUGCAUGUCCUCAGUAUAAUUGGGUUAUGGCAGAAAAUGUCCUGCAACACAGUUAAAACAAUUUGGACCAAAUCCCCGGUCUCUAAUGCAGGACACGACGCAUUAGAAGUGACCCCUUUUUGGCAGCGAGAAACCCGUCUUACACUUGUGAACUUGGGAAAGGGUUCUUGCUAUGUGCUGCAGCUCGCAGCAUGUGUGUGUGGUCCGAUUGGUCCGUGGACAGCAUGAACUGGAGGGGACACGAGUUGUGAUUCCCUCCACUCGGUGCUCAAAUCACUCAGAGGUUUAAAACACACUGAAACUAAAGCAACUUCUGUCUGAUUCAUUUCUUCAUUUGUAUUCAGUCCACCUCAAAGCCGAGGGCGGUAAAUUAUCUCGAUCGUAUUAUUGUUCAUUCGCUUGGCCCCUUGGAUGACUUUUUAAAUGUUAUUAUAAAUAAAGAUUUUCAAAACAAA